CGGUAAGCUUGUUCCAGGCGAUGUCUGAUGCAGAGAACGAAGUGGAGUGCCGUCGCUCAUCUCGCCGUCGAGAAAGUUCACGGCAGCAGACUCGCCGCAGUGCCCUGGAGGCUAUGAAAGAAGCUCGACGUAGUGGAAAAGUACACAGAGUAGAUCUGGACCAUCUGAUUACGAAUGUAUACGAAGAAGUGGAUGAGGACGAAUAUAAUGAAAUUGUACGGAAGCGACAAGCUGCAGAUUUCGUAGUCGAUGACGAUGGGAGCGGCUACGUGGAUCAUGGCGCUGACAUAUUUGAUGACGAGGAAGAGGAAGAAGAUGUGGAUGAUAGGAAGAGUAAAAAGAAGAAGAAAGAUAAAAAGGAUCCGUCGCAGAAGAAAGGUUUAGACAAUUAUUUUGCACCAGCAAUGGUUCGAGGGAAAGUCAAGGACGAUACCGAAGUGAAACUUGAUGUAGAUGAAGAUUUGAAAGACCUGCUAGCUGGACUGGAUGAUGAAGCACUUGAAAUGGAUUUCUCGGCAGGGCCAGAGCCUAUCCCUGCUCCUACUUUUUCAAGAAAUCCAUUCAAAAGAGAAGCAUCGCCGACUAUUGCUCCGCGCAAAGUGAAAGUAAUGAAGUUGUCAACUCCUGUUGCAAAAAGUGCGACGGCGAUGCCCACACGGUCGGCCAAAAGUGUUCCGCAAAAUUCCGUCAAGGCAGAAGUGCAAGCGAAUAUUGUUGACGAUGACGAUUAUGGGGCCCCAGAUUUGGACGAUUAUUAUGAACCUCCACCUACCGCUCCUGCAUCCAACCAUGAGGUCGACAAGGGCCCGACUGAAGUUGCUAGAACUAUUCAGAGAGAAGAAGUGAAGAAGGAAGUCAAAAAUGAGGUGGAAGAGAUGGAAGUUGAGCCGAUUAUCAAGGAAGUGGAGACGAAACCAACAACAGUCUCAGCAGCUCAAACAAUGCUUUCAGCAGCUGACUGGGAUGAUAGUCAAGAAAAAUGUGAAGAGCCAGCGGUGGAAGUAGUUGCUGGAUCCGAAGCUUUCUAUGUGAAGAAAGAUGGUCAACAAAUGAUUCGAAUGUAUUGGCUGGAUGCUUUCGAGGAUCCAGUCAAGCACGCUGGUACCGUAUAUCUCUUUGGUCGUGUGAACCUGAGCGGAAAUAAGUGGGCUAGUUGUUGCGUCACAGUCAAAAAUGUCUUCCGUCAAGUCUUCUUCCUGCCUAGAGAUACGAGGUUUGUAAGAGGAAACAGUACUAACGAACAAGUGAGAGAUGAAGAUGUGUUCGAAGAAGUGAAGAUAAUGAUGAAGCGGCACUGUGGAACAGCGUCUUUCAAGUGCAGGCAAGCUAAGAAACAUUUCAUGCAUGAUGGGACUAUCUCUGAAGAUCAUUGUGCCGAUGAGAUCAAAGUUAUUGAAGUACAAUAUGAUAGCAGUCAUCCAAAGUUGCCCACUGACUUGUCUGGCGAAACAUUCUCAGCUGUUUUCAAUACUACAACCACUGCGAUGGAACGACUCCUUGUCGAAAAGGGAAUGAUGGGCCCUGGAUGGGUAGAUUUUACUAACUAUGUCGAGGUGACAGCGAAGCAGUCCUACUGUGAUUAUGAGUUCAGCGUGGAUAUGGAAAGGAUGCGCAACCUUAACUAUAACACUGCAAUAACUCAAAUUGCGCCUCCUGUACGAAUGCUUGUACUCAAUGUUCUAACAACUUUGAAUGAUAAGAAGGAAAAUGAGAUCUGUAUGAUAUCAAUGUUAUAUAAUCCGGCUUGUAAUCUGAGUAAUCCUAGUACUGACCAGAAGGAUCUUCAUCGAUUAUGCAUGUUUACCAAACCGUACGGUGGUACCUUACCAUUCGAUAUCAAGGACCAGCUGAAUAGAAGAGGUUUAGCGGACAUAGUUCUCACUGCCGGAAAUGAAAAGGCUCUCUUGUCACUUUUCCUUGCUAAAGUACACAAGUAUGAGCCGGAUAUCAUCGUGGGACAUGAUCUGUCAGCUGCGAUAUCUGUUCUCGUAUCACGUAUGGAUAAACUGAAAGUGGCAAACUGGUCAAGGACUAGUCGACUGAAGCGUACAAUAAAUGUAGGAAAGGUGGCGCACAAUAAGGCCGGACAGUGGGAGUUGACUGCGGGUAGAAUGUUGUUGGACUCGAGGUUGUCAGCCAUGGAGCUGGUAAGAUCUCGCAGCUAUGAUCUCACCGAAUUAGUAAAUCAGCUGCUUGGUGUAAACAGAGAGAAUAUCUACGCCAAUGAAAUCGCAGCGAAGUUUAGUUCUUCGGCGCAACUUCUUAAUCUUAUCCAGUGGAGCUGGAUGGAUCCUUGGCUAUGUUUGAGGGUUGUGGCUCAGAUCAAUGCGCUGCAACUUGCUGUACAGAUCACAAACAUUGUUGGAGGAGUAACGUCCCGAACUUUGAUGGGAGGACGAGCAGAGCGUAACGAAUUUUUGCUACUGCAUGCGUUCAAUAAAGCGAACUAUAUAGCGCCGAACAAGUACCAGCCAUCAUUCAAGAAAGGAAAUCAAGAAAAAGUGAAGAAUGACGACGACGAAAAUACUGAAGAAAAUGAUGUUGAAGUAAAAUCCAAAAACAAGGCGCAGUACUCUGGUGGUCUAGUCUUGGAGCCGAAAAGAGGACUUUACGAUACGCUUAUUCUACUGCUUGACUUCAACUCUCUGUAUCCCAGCAUCAUCCAAGAAUACAAUAUCUGCUUUACUACCGUGUUCCACUUGAAGGAUGGUGAUGAUCUCCCAGACAUCCCGUCAUCCAGUUUGUCUGAGGGUAUCCUACCAUGUGAAAUUCGCGGACUUGUAGAGAGGCGCAGACAAGUCAAAAUGUUGAUGAAGGAAGCGCCCGAAGCUAAGAAGAAGCAGUACGACAUUCGUCAGAUGGCUUUGAAACUCACUGCGAAUAGCAUGUAUGGUUGCUUGGGUUUCAAACAGUCGAGAUUUUACGCGAAGCCGUUGGCUGCUUUGAUUACAUGCAAGGGUAGAGAGAUUUUGACGCAUACCAAAGAUCUAGUAGAGAAAUUAGGCUAUUCCGUGGUGUAUGGAGACACGGAUUCUAUCAUGAUUAACACUAAUAGCACGGAUCUGAAACAAGCGAAAAAGUUGGGAUUUGAGAUCAAACGCCAAGUCAACCAGUGUCAUCGUUUGCUCGAACUUGAACUCGACGGCGUUUUCAAGCGUAUGCUUUUGCUUAAAAAGAAGAAAUAUGCUGCGCUUACUGUAAAUCCUGACAAUGAACUGGACACCAAGAAAGAGCUGAAAGGGUUGGAUAUCGUAAGACGAGAUUGGUCGCAAUUGGCCAAGGAAGCUGGAAACGCCGUUGUGGACCUGAUACUUGAUCCAAAGUUGUCGCGGGAUGAGUUGGUGCUUGAGAUACACGAGUCGCUGCAAAAGUUGAGAGCGAGAUUGGAUAAGGGCGUGGAAUUGACGCUGUUUGAGAUCAGCAAGCAGCUGACUAGAAAUCCCAAAGAUUACCACGAGUUAAAGUCUCAGCCUCAUGCAGCCGUUGCCAUGCGAUUGAAUGAGACUGGAAAGUUUUCGCUGAGGCAAGGCGACAUCGUUGAGUACAUAAUUUGUGAGGAUGGCACCACAAACUCAGCCAUGCAAAGAGCUUAUCAUCGGACAGAGAUAGAAGCUAGGCCAGAACUGAAGAUCGAUCUUUAUUAUUAUCUUGCGCAACAAGUGCAUCCGGUUGUGUCGAGACUUUGCGCACCGAUAGAAGAAACUGAUGCUGUGAGAAUUGCCGAGGCAUUGGGUAUGGAUUCAUCGUCCUAUAGGCGCUCAGCCGCUGCGCAAGCGUCUGAUAAUGCGGCUGUGGAAGACGAAUUGGCAUGGCAGGAUACCACUAACUACGAUCUUUGUGAAGGUUUGAAGUUUACAUGCCCAUCAGUGGGCUGCGGAAAUGUAUUGGAAAUAAGGAAAGCAGUAGAGGAGCAGGAUUCCGUUUUCAAAUUGUCCUUGGAGACGUGCGAUAAAUGCGGAACAGAUUUAUCUCGAUACCCUUCAUACAUCUACAACAGAGUUGAAGAUGCGCUAAGAAGCUUCGUUGCUAAACAUCACAGCUCGUCUUUCAAAUGCGACGAUUCUGUGUGCGAGUUCCGUACAAGGACACAUCUGAUGAAAUGGUGCCGUGAAGGCCUUGAAUGCCCGAAAUGUGCUGGGGGUGUGUUGAGAAAGGAGUACUCUGGCAAGGAUUUGUUUGAUCAGCAAAUGUUUUUCAAACAAAUUCUUGAUGUACCAGCUGCAAUGCAAGAGUUAAAACCGGAGCAGAAACGCAGCAUACAGUCAAAACCUGGUUUCACAUCUACAAUGGCUUUGUACAACAAGCUAACAGCACUUGUUGGACGUUAUCUGGAGAAUAAUGCUUAUGGAAAAGUUGAUCUUGCUUGUAUAUUUGCACCCAUGUUAAAAAUAGAGUCGUAACUAAC